AUGGCUUCAGAAAGCUCCAGAUUUGUGUCACUCGACARUUCAGUAGAGUCGUUUAUUCAAGAACAAGAAAAUACAAAUACUGUGAAAAAGACGACAAGAGAUGUUUCCUUGUUAACCAAGUUUCUUCAAACUAAAGGUGAAACUCGCAGCGAGAUAGCCGACAUUCCUCCUGCCGAGCUGAAUGAACUUCUCAGUGAGUUUUUCGUGUGUGUACGAACCAAAGAAGGCCAAGAGUACGAACCGUCGUCGCUACGAGGGAUGUUGUCUAGUUUUGAAAGACAUCUUAAACCAAAGUCCUAUCCAAACAGCAUUAUCAAUGAUCUUGUGUUUGAAAAAACGCGAAAAACACUAUCCUCCAAGCAGAAACAGCUAAAGAAACUAGGGAAGGGAAACAAACCUAACGCUUCCGUCGCCAUUACAGAUGACGAAAUUAAGAUAUUAUACGACAAAGGACAGCUUGGUUUAUCAAGUCCAGAAACGAUUUUGAAUACCGUUUGGCUCAAUAACUCUCUUCGUUUUGGCCUAAGAGGAGUAGAAGAGCACCACAAUAUGCGCUGGGGUGAUGUAAAACUGUGCAAAAAUGACAGCGGCACUGAAUACUUGGAGUUCAACGAACGCCAAAACAAAAGACGCACUGGCAUGAACCCACGCGAUGUGAGACUCUUUCCACCUAAAAUGUUUUCGGCUGAUGGGAGCGAAAGGGAUCCAGUGGCAGUCUACAAAACCUUUGCUAUGAAAAGACCUCAAAAGAUGAGAAGUCCAGAUGCUCCAUUUUACAUCGCUGUCAACAAUAUAAAAUCAAAGUCCCUUGAUAAAUUCUGGUUCAAGAACAAUGCAGUCGGCGUCAAUAAACUUGGAAGUCUCAUGAAAGAAAUGACAAGAAAAGCAGGAUUGAAUAAUGAUAAGCUUCGCAACCAUAUUGCUAGGAAAACAAUGAUUCAAACUCUAAGCGAAAACAACGUGCCGCCAACUCAAAUUGCUCAACUGUCUGGGCAUAAAAACCUAAAAAGUACUUGAGAAUUACAGUCAUCUAAGUACGACAGCAGAUGGAAAUGUCCCAUAUGCUCACAAAUAUUAGUACUACGUGUACUAGUGUCACUCCAUUCACCCAAAGUACAAACACAUCAACUUCAAAUGUUCAAGAAGUUUCUCCUGUCAUGAACUCUGGACAACGAGCUGCAUGGCAUUGUUUUCAAACGCCGUAAUUCAUGGAGGACAAUUUUCAGUUACAAUAAACGCUGUAAAUCAGUCACCACCACUUACUCCGCUCUACGAAAACCCUCCAAAGCAGCGGAAARGAAUAAGAAUUCAAAGUGAUUCUGAUGAUUAGUAAUUUCUAUCACUAAGGUAGCCACAGUAUGCAUUUUUUUAUUCAAAUUGUCAGUUAACUUAAAUAUUUCAAGAUUUAUAUAUUUCAUUCUGUAAACAAGCAUGCUGUUUUUGUGUCUUAAAAA